GUUGGAGUGUGUUGACACGCAGAAAAUUAAAUAUUUGUAACAAAUGAAAUACACGAGUUAUGAGCCCACUUUGACUACAUUGCACACUGUCGUUUGCAGAGCCACUGCCAUACCGAUUGUAAUCAUGGACCAGACUUAUGAUAUUGUACUCUUCUACAAAUAUGUAGAGAUACCAGAUGCCAACGAAAUUGCUGCGUAUGUCAAGCAAUUGUGUGCCGCCCAUUCACUAUGCGGACGUGCGAUCUUGGCGCCCGAAGGUAUCAACGCUAAUUUGGCAGGGUUGAAAUCCGAGGGAGGAGUGCAGAAACUUGUAGAAGCUCUGCAAGCACACCCUCUAUUCGGUUCGGAAGUCGAUUUUAAGAUGGAUUGUGUGACCAGGAAUAGCCAGCCCUUUCCGGAUCUGGUUGUUAAAGUGCAUAAGGAGUUGUGUAGUACUGGAGGGGCGAUGCCCUUAGAUUUGCUUCACCAGGGUCUGGGAGGAACUCACCUGUCCCCAGCUGAUUUUCACAACACCCUCAAGUCUCACUGGGAAGCGAACAAGAACGAAGACGCGGAUAGUAAGAAGGAUAAUACGGGUAACGAGAUGAAGAAAGAACUGGUGGUGUUGGACGUGCGGAACAAGCGAGAGUACGCUAUUGGUAGAUUCAUGGACGAUGCGCAUGAUACACAACAUCAGGCGUUAGACCCCGACACCAAAGUGUUUGAAGAAUGGGCGCGAUAUGCGGAUAAACAGGUUGAAGAUCUUCGAGAUAAGCAAGUGCUUAUGUACUGCACUGGCGGGAUCCGUUGUGAAAAAGCCAGCGCCUAUCUUCGAUCCAAAGGGGUGGACGAUGUCAGCCAACUCGAUGGUGGUAUACACAGGUACCUGGAUGUCUUCGGUUCGGAUGGCUUUUUCAAGGGGAAGAAUGCAGUGUUCGAUGCUCGAGGGGUGCAGGUGGGAGAGGGUAAAGCAGAUGUUGUGGGCAAGUGCACGUACUGUGCAUGCCCAGAGGAGAGCAUCACAUCAGACAGAGUGUGUGCGGUGUGUAGGGAUGGUUUGUUGGUGUGUGACGCGUGCCGGGUGGCUAAGAAUGGCAUGUAUUGUUGUAACACGCACGAAUACAUGAAUGGGGUGUACUAUCCCUUCCUCGGAGGGUUUUCGCUGGAUCAAUUACGAGAUCAACUGGUUCAGCUGACGGACCUGGAAAGUACCGAACAUCUGCUGAGUUCAGCAAAUCGGCGGCGGACCGUGCGCAAACAGAUCGCACGUGUGCGAGAACGCAUCGGGGUGCUGCAGGAUAUACUCGAGGGGAAUGCGGGCGUACAGGAAACCGCACUCCUGGAUAAUUGUCCAUACUGUAGGGGCUGUGGGAAUAUCGGGCCGGACGACUUGCUUGGCCUGACCAACACCGAUGCCAAGGGAAGGCCCACAUGUGAUGGCAAGUGUUGGGGUUUCAUGCAAACGGAGCGGAAAGACGAGAAGUUUGACCUGAACGAAGGGAGUACAAAGGCGCUGGAGGACCUUAGGUCCCUGGCAAUCACUGACCCUAAACGAGACCCAGUUGUAAGUUGAUAAGGCACACGAAUUUCAAAGCAGACUAAGUUAGUAUAUUGCAGGUUCCUGUGUCGAAUUACUCUAGUAGGGAUAAUUGCGUUAAGCUCAAUGCAUUGACUAUUAAACCAUUUGCUGACUCA